AGGGGAAAACAGAGUAAAGUGUAUGUGUGUGUGGUUUAAGAGCAUGAGAGUGAAGGGUUCUAUAGAGACUUUGUUUUAGUUUUUCAAAGAACAAAGGCUACAAAAGAAUCAAAGACCUAAACAUAGUAAAGCUUAUGAAGUAAUGAUCUUCAUAGAUUCUCUCUUAUUUUUCUUGCUUUAUUUAACCUCUCUUCAAAGUACUAUUCAAACCCCCACUGUCACAACCUACAUACCCCUCAUCAGAUAACAAAAGUACCUUUCCAUCCAAAAAAAAAUUCACCUUUCUCUACUUUUUCUACUCUUUCUAGCCACCUGCAUAAAGUAGUGUAAGAGUUGAAAAAAGGGUUGUCAAGUGUGAAGUGAAAAGAGUGAUUUUUUUCCAUAUUUCAAUCAAAUGGGCUAAUAGUUAGGUAUUUGUUUAGCUUAAUACUUGCAUGGAAUAUGCAAAGUUUGAAUAUGUUGAAAAACAUCACUAUUAUUGGUUUAUAGCUUGAAACACUACUUUUCAUAGGGUCAUAGCUAGAGAAACAAAAAAAAAGUGUGUGUGUGAGAGAGUGAGUGAGAGAGUGUGUGUGUCAAUCAUAUCAUAUAUCUACAAUCAUACAAGUGGUGCUUCUAUUGAGAUUUAGUUUUUUUUUUUUCUUCUUGUUCAUGGAGAGAAAAAGAAAAACAUCUAAGCUCUUGAACAAAACAAAUCUUUGUUACACUUUCUACUUUUUCAUGCUCUCAAUUUUCACAACUUCUGCUUCUGCCAUUACAUGUCUAGAUACUAAGUGUAUCAUAUUUUUCAAAUCUGAUAUAGAUUUUCAGAAAAGUAAUAAGGUGGAAAUUGGAGAAGGUAUGAUGUCUCAAGAAAAAUCAAUGAGUUCUAUAGAUUGGCCAAGAAGGUUUCUAGGUGGGCCGGGGUCAUUUCCGCCGCGAUGCACCGGCAAGUGUGGGAAAUGUACGCCUUGCAGACCGGUCCACGUACCGGUGCCGCCAGGGACACCGGUGACGGCGGAAUACUACCCGGAGGCAUGGAGAUGCAAGUGUGGCAACAAGUUAUACAUGCCAUGACAAUGACAAUGAAUAUUUAAAAUCUCUCUAUGUAUAAUGUUACUUUUCCUCUUCAAGUUUAUUAUAAAGUUGAUUAUUUUCAUCUUA